GUAAGAGCGUAUUGUUGAGAAAAAAGAAAUAUUGCUUCAUAAGAGGAAAUGUUUUGUAGGUCACGAACAAAAUCGACAGAUCGUCAGCAAAAUUUCAAGUAAUAACCAAUAAUAAAUCAAUCUUGUGUAAUAAUCGGAUACAGAACGUUUACUUAUUUGAAAUUGAAUAAAAUAAAACAAUACACAGCGCAUUGUGUAGAUUAGUGUGCUUGUUACCGGCUCGCCUCUACUCUAUUAUCAACCCUUAAACGAUUCAUUCAAACCACUAUUUUAUUUCCAUUCAGCCAAAAGUACUCGUUGUAAUACAUUACACAUUAAUUAAUUAGAAAUAAAUCAAAUACAUUUGUUACCUUUUCAAUGAACACCUAUUCCUUGUAUCUUAAUAACGUCGUUUGACAACGAUCGUUUAAAAAUACGUACAUAUACAAUAUCCUCGAGUAACAUGUAUAUCCACUCCCCCCAAUAUCCUCUGCGUUCAGCUACAUAUAUAAUUCGGUAGCUUACUCGACGGUUACAAACAGCAUUUUACUUUCCACGCUGGAGGAUACUUUUCAAAGGGAAUUCAUUCGUUCUUUCUUGUUUUGUUAUCGUAAUUCCAUAGAAUAAUUUCUAAUUAUUUCUGCUGCUGCUGCUGCUGCUGCUGCUGUACCCCAUUUUUAUUUUUUCAAGUUAAGAAUUGGUAAAGACGUAUUCGCCACAACAUGAAAGUUUACUUCCUGCUAUUCAGCUUAAUUGUAACAAGUUGUGUAGCAGUUGAAAAAUAUCCAAGUAAAUACGACGACGUCGACGUUGAUAGGAUACUUCAAAAUGGACGUGUUCUUACCAAUUACAUUAAAUGUAUGUUGGGUGAAGGGCCUUGUACCAACGAGGGUAGAGAACUGAAAAGAACAUUACCAGAUGCGUUGUCUACGGGUUGCAGUAAAUGUAAUGAAAAACAGAAAAUUACUGCAGAAAAGGUAAUAAAUCAUCUCAGAAUUAAAAGGCCUACAGAUUGGGAACGACUUACUGCAAAAUACGAUCCUAAUGGAGAAUACAUGAAGCGUUACGAAAAUACCCAAACUGCCAAAAAGACAUAAAUUUGUUAUUUAUAAAUUUAAUAUUAAAAAAUAAGAUUUAAUUUGUAUAAUUAAAAUAAUUAAAACAUACAUGUAGUUUGUAAUGUUCAAAAGGACACAUAAAAUUCUUUAGGGAUUUUAUAUUAGGUGCCAAAUUGAACCAAAUUUUUUUAUUAUUUCGUACAUUAAUGUAUUAGAUAUAAGAAACCUAUAAUGUAAAAUACGAAAGUGGUAAAUGUAACUGCAAAUAUUAAUCAAUUAA